AUGACCGCCCCCCGAGUACCUCCAGACCCGCUCCCCGCGCCGCCUCCGGCUUUCGUAUCGCUCGGGAUGGUCGUCCUCGACGAGAUCCGCUUCCCGGACGGCAGGGUCCUCCGCGACGUCCCCGGCGGCUCCGGUUUCUACGGUACUCUCGGCGCCCGCCUCGCUGUCCCACAGGACGAGUCCGCGGCCGUUUGCUGCCUCGUCACGGCCGGAUCCGACUUCCCUCCCUCGGUGAGGAGACAAAUCGAGGAAUGGGGCGUCAGCAUGCACAUGGAACAGGUGCCCGGUGCACGCUCGACCAGGGGCCUCUUGGAGUACGAGGAUGACGCUUUUGGGAAGAAAACGUUCCGGUACACCACACCCCCUCUCCACCCGACCGUGGACGGGCUUCCGGCCUCGCUUCUCGGGUCAUCGGUCAUCCAUGUCCUGGCGACACCCGAGGACCUCGAGCGACACGUCUCGGCCCUUGUGGCGCGCCGUGCUGGUGCCGACGGUCCUCGCCCCUUGGUCGCAUGGGAGCCCUCGCCCAUCGGCAUCUCCGACAGGGAGGACGACCACAUGCGGGCGGCUGGCUUGUCGGACGUCUGCUCGCCAAACGACCACGAGCUGCUGCGCAUGAUGGGCGUGGAGGAGGGCCCGGGGAUCCCUUACAACAGAGCACUGGUCGAGGCCUUUGCCGUCCGGCUCGCCAGAGGCGGCGGAGGCGGCGGAGGCGGCAGCGGCGAGGACCUCCUGGGCGGCCCCUCCGUCCCCGACACGUCCGACAGGGGAAUCACGGUCAUCAGGUGCGGCGACCAAGGCUGCCUGACCGUUCGCUGGGGUGCUAGCCCCGUGUGGAGGCCCCCGUUCCACGACUACGGCUCGCCCAAGGUCGUCGACCCCACGGGCGCCGGCAACGCCUUCCUCGGCGCAUUCGCCGUCGCCUUCGCGAAAACGGGAGACGAUGCGCUGGCAUCCGCGUGGGGUGCCGUCGCGGCCAGUUUCGUGAUCGAGCAGAUCGGGCCGCCCGAGAGGGAGGUGGUCAACGGCAAAGAGGUCUGGAACGGAGAGCGUUUCGAGGACAGGCUCGAGAAGUACAAGGCCAAGGUGGCGACGUGGCCGACGAGCCCGAGUACACGACGCGCGUAG